GGUUGGCCACGUCACGUGACAUGGGUUGGAAGAUGGCGUCUCCCACAGACGGGGCAGAUCUGGAAGCAUCUUUGCUAAGUUUUGAAAAACUUGACCGCGCCUCACCAGAUCUUUGGCCAGAGCAAUUACCAGGUGUUGCUGAAUUCGCUGCUUCCUUCAAAAGUCCUAUUACUAGCUCCCCACCUAAAUGGAUGGCUGAAAUAGAACGUGAUGAUAUUGACAUGUUGAAAGAACUGGGAAGCCUCACCACUGCUAAUUUGAUGGAGAAGGUACGAGGCCUACAGAACCUGGCCUAUCAGCUGGGGCUGGAUGAGUCCAGGGAGAUGACACGAGGGAAAUUCCUCAACAUUCUAGAGAAACCCAAGAAGUAGCAGCUGCUUGUGGACAGGAUGUCUGGGGAACGGCACCGGACUCCCUUCCAGUGCAGCUCUGAUGAUGCGCACCUCACUGCUUCCUCCAGAGGGGCCAGCAGCUGGACCUUGGGACCGCCCCUCUCCACUGCUCCUGGCACUCUGCGCCUCUGAGGACACUUGGCGACACGAGAAGAAACCUGCUCUACCCAAGGAUCAUUGCAGUUAUUCAAUCGGCUUCCAUACUUUUGCCUUCUUAGCCUCAGAUAUUGGUAACAGCAGAGGCCAUAUCCCUCUCAAAGGCCAAAGCCCUGCUUUCUCAUUUGCAGAAGUGAGGAGCCCCAGGAUCUUACAGUUGAUUUGAUUUAGUGAUGGCCAAGUCGGUUGUGACUUGUUGAUUGGGUGGGUUCUUUUGAGUUGUACUUGAUGUCUUAGGAACUAUUUAUGACGCAAAGAAACCAGAGACCAACUGGAAUCUGGGCCAGACCAUACAGCCUGACUUAUGAACUCUCCAGUGUGUAUUAGGUUCCAAGAACCUUCAUCUGGAGAAACCAGAAUCUUCUCAAAAUGUACACCUGCUUUUUAAAUUGAACACCUCUCCUGGUAGUCCCAUCCCCUGGUGUCUCCCAUUCUCCACCUCCCGGUCUACCCUCCAGUCUUCCUCCUGGAACGAGCUUGUGUAGUGAAUGGCCCCUGCAAGUUGUCUCGUGCUGCAGACCUCAAGAACAACAUGAAGGUGACAGAAAGGACUUCUAGGUUCCAGUAAUCUGGUACAGGUUCAAGUGAAAAAGUCCAUACAGCAUGGAGACAGGAGAAGAGGAUGGUGUAUGGAGUUCCCAUUUGGUUAUAAAUUAGAAAUCCUAAUUGACCCUAAAGGAAUACACCAUGGGAUGGUGGCAAUGUUUUGUCCCUCUUGUCCCCACCUUACAGCACAUAUCAGAUAACAUGUGACAGAAACACACUGACAAACACACAAGAAAGAAUUCUCUGACUCAAAUACAACUCUCACUUAAUUUGCCAGUUAUCUGUCUGUGUUAAAACCUGAAAACCUGGCCCAUGGGUAAAAUCAGUUAAUGUUUUGAGGAGUGUAUGAAAUUCCUAACCUUUACAAAAGAAAACUCCUGUGGCAGCAACGUGAUGGUCAUGUUUCGGUCGUGUUUUCUGCCUUGACUGUCGUGCUCAUGCACAGCACUCUUCAGCUCAGUAGCUGGUCCAUCAACCAUUUCCUGACAUCUCUCACUGGUUGCCCAUGCUAGAAUUGAUGUUGUAUUUUUCUCUCAUUUGUACCAUUUGCCCAUACCUGCAAUUUUUAUUUAUUGAAAGGAAAAAAUACGGAAUGCAAGACACAAAGGAUAAGUAUAGCAAGUAAAACAUCCUGCUGAGUGCUUCAGAGAAGAUUCAGUUGUUGAGGCUUUGAUUUAAGUCAAGCUUAUUAUUGACUCUUCUUAAUCUCACUAAAUGCGGUUGAAGUGUGUGUGUGCGUGUGUGUGUGUGUGUGUGUGGCCAGCCAGAAUACAGUGCCAUAAUGUCAGAUUUUCCUUGCUCUGUUUUUGAGAGUUGAUGAUGUCAGGCACUUUUAAGUGUUUGGGGAAAUUAAGAAAUAUAUGGAAAAUAUUGGGAUACCUCCCCCAAACCAAGUCAAGUCUGUAACCUGAAGCCAGGUGGUUGGUUUUCUGAUCUGCUUUGGCCUCUUUCUUUUACUAUCAUCUUACUCACCAGCACUUAGUAUAAGUCGGCGUAUUAGAAUUGUGAUAUUUAUUGGUUUUGUAUUUGUCGUCCUUAGAAAUGUUAAUGAUGUAUUUUUAUAUUGAUAAUAUAAAUUUAUGUACAAUGUGUGUGUAUGUAUUUCAGAAUGUUAGAAGAUUGUACUGUGUAUGUGAUAUUUUCUGUGUCUUCAUAAUAAAUAUGUCCCCUUUUAUAGGAGGGUGAGUUUUUCCUCA